AGGGGUUAUCCUGCGUUCGGCUCAACGCUGUGCAGUGGCCGUCAAACACCACUUUGUCGGCAGUUUCUGAAGGAGAGAUAAAAUAUUCUUUAAAUAUAUAUAUAUAUAUAUUUUAUUUUUGUUCACUCUGUGGAAGUAGCCCCGGUUCUUUCUCCGGAGCCGCCGCCGCGGUAAACCUGUUGCCGUGUCGGAGCCGGGAUGUCGCUUCUUUGUGGACGGGACGGCGCCCGCUCCCGCUCGUGUGCGCACCCGUAGCCUCGCCGGACGUGAGUGUGAGUGGGUAGCCUCUCCCCGGUGGCCUGGGAAGAUGCAUGUGUCUCUGGCAGAAGCCCUGGAGGUUCGAGGAGGUCCGCUCCAGGAGGAGGAGGUGUGGGCGGUGCUUAGCCAAAGUGCAGAGAGCCUCCAAGAACUCUUUCACAAAGAACCUGCAGCCAUGGGCUUCAUCAUCUCUCCCUGGUCCCUCCUGCUCAUGCCCUCUGGCAACAUCUCAUUCACGGACGAGUAUGUCACGCAGCAGGACUUGAGAGCAUUCACGGCUCCGGAGGUCCUGGAGGGGAUUUCCUUGACUUCGGUCUCUGACAUAGAGAAGAUGCACAUGUACUCCCUGGGGAUGACCCUGUUCUGGGGAGCGGACUACGAGAUCCCCCAAAGUCAGCCUAUGAAGCUGGGGGAACACCUGAACAGCCUGCUCCUCAACAUGUGCGAUGAUGUUACAUUAAGUCGAAUGUCGUUGCGCACGGUGCUGGACAUCUGCAGCAAGCACAUCCGAAACUCCACCUGUGACCCUCCCUUCUCCUACAUCAGGAAGCUGGUCCGGUUGGUACUUGGCAGCCUUUCCCAGCUGGACGGUCUGCUGACUGAUCGAGAGUCUCUCCCGGAGAGGAGUAAGGAGAUUCGAGAGAGGCUGAGGGGCAAAGGUUUACCUUUGGGGAGGAGCGCCGCCCCCAGGGUUCUGGAGCGCUAUCGAGCCAGGACUCAGGAGCAGACGUCUCUCAACCGGGGCCUCAGUCGUUCCAUGGGCUCCCUGCCAAUCCAGGGCCUGCUGAAGGGGGACGAGGGAGCGGCCCUGCAGUAUAACCUGUCUGACUAUCACCACAACCCCACAGAACUUUACUCCAAGCCCCCCUCACUUCAGCACCAGCACUCCUACCCCUACCUGCACCCACUUCACCCACAGCAAAAAGGCCGGCCAGUGGAACUGGACAGGAGGUCCUUACCAUUCCAUGGUGGGGACCUGGGCAUCAGUCAAGCCAGGAAGACCUGGGCUUCCUCUGUGGACUUGGCAUACAUUGACCCAGAGGCUCUUCGUUUUGGGGCAUUGGAGGAUGCACGGAGGGGCAGCAGUGCCCUAAGUACCCACUCUAUAGGCAGGCUCAAAUCGCCCUUGCGUCCGCCCAGGGAGAAGGAUUCUUCCUACCCCGAGUUUGGUGGGCUGAAGAGCAGGAAGCCUCAUCACUUCUCAGACAUGUCUGUGGGCUCAGGCCUUCCCGGCGCUUAUGACAGGAUCAAGGAGAGACAGAGGAAACUUCAGGUGCUGAGGCAAGCAGUAGAUGAGCCGGUCCACACCCACCAGAGGUACCACAGUGAUUACAGCUCAUCCAGUGAAAGCCCUUCAGUGACCUCCUCGGAUCCAGACUACAGACAAGCUAAGAAACCGAGCGAGGCGAGGCGGUACGGCUCCCAGCUUGCGCUUUCCUCCGAACACGACGCCCUGUCGUUGACGAGUCACAACGCACACAGGCACAGGCAGUAUGAAGCUGCAGAUGAAGGCCUGGCUGGAGCCGAGCUGCUCCUCCAGAAGCAGGAGGAGGAGGUGCAGCGGCUCCAGGCCCACCUGGCCAGCAGGCUGUCCAGGGCCAACCUCUACCCCACAGACGAUCCCUUGGCCGCAUCACGCGCCUCAAUGCUCGACCUCCGAGACCCCCUCUACACUUCUUCUGUAACACUCCGCAAACCCAAGAACUUCCACGGGCCUGAAUUUGUCAAGAUGGCCAGCGAGCCGUGUGUUGCCUUAUCAGUUCCCUCUUCAAUAAUGAAACGUGGGAAGGUGGACGAGGUGCAGAGGAAGGUGGGUGUGGUGCUGCUGAAUGGACAAAAGCUGGAGCUGAGUUGUGACAUCAAGGCGGUGUGUAAGGACGUUCUUGACAUGGUGGUCGCCCACAUCGGGCUUGUUGAGCACCACCUCUUCGGCCUCGCAUACCUCAGAGAGAGUGAGUUUUUCUUCGCCGAUCUCGAUGCCAAACUUUCCAAAGUGGCCCCAGAGGGAUGGAAGGAGGAUCCCAAGAAGAAGAAAUCUGACGUGCCUUUCAACCUUUUCUUACGCAUCAAAUUCUUCCUGGAGGAUGUCAGCCUCAUACAGCAUGCCAUGACCAAACAUCAGUACUACCUACAGCUGAGGAAGGAUAUCUUGGAGGAAAGGAUGCGCUGUGACACAGAAAAUGCCAUGCUACUUGCUUCACUGGCACUGCAGGCUGAAUUCAGUGAUUACCAACCAGAGCUUCAUGGGAAAACCUAUUUCCGACUGGAGCACUACCUGCCGGUGUCCCUCCUGGAUAAGGUGGACCAGGCGACCGUCAAGGAGGAGCUGCCAAAACUCCACAGCAACUACUACGGAGCGUCUGAGACGGAGUCCGAGUUUGAAUUCCUCAAGGUGAGCCAGAGGCUGCCGGAGUACGGCGUUCACUUCCACCGGGUGCUUCCUGAGAAGAGGUCUCAGACGGGCAUCAUGCUGGGUGUCUUCUCAAAGGGGGUCCUCAUCUUUGAAGUCCUUAACGGAAACCGUACCCCUGUGCUAAGGUUCCCCUGGAGGGAUACACGAAAGAUUUCCUUUCUAAAAAAGAAGAUUUGCCUGCAAAACACCUCAGACGGGAUUAAGCACCUGUUCCAGACAGACAGCAACAAGACGUGUCAGUAUCUGCUACAGCUCUCGUCAGAUCAGCACAAGUUCCACCUGCAGAUGAAGGCCCGACAAAACAACCAGGAGCUUCAGGACCUGGAGAACUGCCCCCUGAGCAUUCUACAGUAUUCCCUCGACCCCCGGAGUGGAGACUCCGUGGGAAGGACGGUGAGCUCGGGCAGCCUGGCCCCCACCUUAUCGACGCGAUCCAACCCAGACCACCUGAAGAGGAUCUCGUACUCAGAGGUGGCCCUCAACAAGGCACCGACGGGCCCCAUUUUACUCCAAGACGAACUCCGCUUUCCCGGCUUCAAUCCAGCGGGCUCCGCGGUCCUUACCAAUCCGCGAAUAAUGAGCCGCUCCCACCACAACCUUGGACAGAUGCCGGAAUCUGCAGAGCAGCGGGUGGCAGACUCUUAUCGUGGAGAGUCAAACAGCAGCGGCCUGAGUCAGCCACAGCAAAACCAAGUGGCCUCGCACUUCCAGCAGCACCAGCGAGCCAGUUCAGACACGGACUCACUGAUACACCAACAGGACAAGUCUUUCGCUACAGCGUCCUACAGCAGCCCAGCCUGGAGCCGCAGCAGGUCCAAAAAAGAAUCGGACUCUUCUUCGAUAGAGGACAGUGGGCAAGCAUAUGUAGAAGGGGUCAGUAUGCACAGCUCCUCCGGCCCACCCUCCACCCCAGCCUCUGUUAACGAUUCACUCAAAAAAAAGCUCAAUGCCUUACCAUCUCCAGAGAGAGACAUCACAACUGUCAACUUGAAGAAAGACGUGAAAUAUGGCCUGGGGUUCCAGGUUGUAGGAGGGGAGAACUCUGGUCGUAUGGAUCUUGGUACCAUCAUUAGCUCCAUCACUCCUGGGGGUCCUGCUGAUGUCAAUGGCUUCCUCAGACCUGGUGACCGUCUGAUCUCUGUGAAUGAAGUAAACCUAGAAGGGCUCUCUCAUGCUUCCACGCUGGAAGUCCUUCAGAGCGCUCCUGAUGACGUCACUCUGGUGGUGUCACAGCCCAAAGAGAGUCUCUACAAAGAUUCCUCUUCAGGCUAUGUCCCCUACCAGGCCAAGUCGUCACUGAAGGCACUUAAUUCUGGCCAGAAAGGAGAACUAGACUUUGAUACGUCGUCAGAGGAGCACAUGGGAACAGGAAACCCCAGCUCUCCUGUCCACAGCGCUGACCCACCGUCAGCUGCCACGUCCACAGUACGCCAGCAAACCAGCAUCAGUUCUCAGGACUCCAGGUCGAGCAGUUUCACUAAAAUCAGCCAGCCGCCAGUUAAUGGAGUUCAGCAGUGCCUGGAGAGAGUCACAACUGCUGCCUCAGCUGCUGCGUCCAAUGCCCAACAUCACGGACCAGAACCUGACAUGGAUUUGGAUCCCAUGCCACCGGCGCUGCCACCCAAAACUCGAAAAGCUAAAGUGUCAGAAGCUCCCAAAGUGUCUGAGCACUCUGACUGGGGGGAUUCAGACAUGGACGACGAGACCUGUUCAAGUAGUCAAGAGAAACUCAAAGUCAAAAAGGAACACAUCCUGGAAAAUUUAAAUGGUAAUGCCCCAGGUGUCAAUAGUCUCCGUCCAGGAGAACUGUUUGACAUUGAGCUGUCGAAAAAAGACAGCAGCCUGGGCAUAAGUGUCACGGUACUGUUCGGCAAGGGGGGAGUCAACACAACCGUUCGACAUGGAGGCAUCUAUGUCAAAGCCAUCAUACCGAAAGGUGCAGCUGAGCUCGAUGGAAGGAUACAGAAAGGUGACCGUGUGGUGGCCGUCAAUGGCAGAAGUCUGGAGGGAGCCACUCAUCAGCAGGCAGUAGAGGCGCUGAGAGACACUGGGCAGACGGUGCACUUGUUGCUGGAGAAGGGUCACCCGCCGGCAGACAGGGUCCACGCUCCCCUCACACCUCAGCGCACGCCGCCAAGUGCUGGCAGGAGCCGAGACCAGGGCAAGAACAGGGGGCAGCCGAAGGAGGUCAAAGAAAAACCAGAGUACAGCUUCAUCACGCGAGAUAAUGUGUUUGAGGUGUGUCUGCUGAAGAACACGUCGGGGCUGGGCUUCAGUUUUAGUCGAGAGGAGAACAUUCCAGACGAAUCCCCUGGGACCAGCAUGGUGCGGGUUAAAAAGCUGUUUCCUGGUCAACCAGCCGCUGAGAGCGGUCGCAUUAAUGUGGGCGACGUCAUCAUGCGGGUCAAUCAAACAGCCCUCAAAGGACUUUCGCAACAUGAGGUGAUAUCAGCCUUAAGAGGAACCGGUCAGGAGGUGACUUUGCUCCUCUGUAGACCUGAACACGGUAUUCUUCCUGAGAUGGACACUUCAGCUUUGACACCCAUGCCAUCGCCCCGAAAGGAGGCGGUGACCCAAGUAGAGCCCAGCCUGAGCACAGGCAGGACCACAUCCCCUCCAGUUCCCCAGACCCAGAGGAAUCAGGGAGCGGUGGAGGAGGCCCUGGAGCGGCUGCUGCUCAAAACCCCCGGCCGACGCAACAGCUACAGUGACAGCACAGACGGGGACGAGGAGGUGGAGGAGGCCUUCAGCCCGAGCACCCUGGAGCACAGCAGGCAGACAUGGGAGCAGAGUGUCUACCAUAACCCCAGCAGCAACCUGGGACUGGGGCAGUACGACAGCACUGGUCAAAUGGACAGCACCAUCCACUCACCCUUCUACUCCCCCAACCUGCCAAAGUCAAGGUCCAACCUCAGCAAGAGGCAUCCUUCGUCCCCUUUCACAGCUGAUCUGGACUCACCCCCUCCUCCCAUGGUGCCCCCCCCUUCUUCCCCAAGCCCAGACCCACUACCUCCUCCGCUGCCGCUGCCCUUAAACAUCACCGUGUCUGGCAAUGGACAGGACAUGGAGGAGUUUGUACCGGAAGUUGAGCUGAAGGUCUCCCUGAUGAAGUCAGAGAAAGGCAGCUUAGGCUUCACCCUCACCAAAGGCAAUGAUCAUGGGUGUUACAUCCAUGACAUUGUCCAGGACCCGGCCAAAGGAGAUGGACGACUCAGGCCCGGGGACAGAAUGAUUUUGGUGAACAACACAGAUGUGAGUAAUAUGGGCCACACUGAAGUGGUCAAUCUUGUACGCGCUGCCCCUCGGGUGGUUGACCUGAUGGUGGGGAGGGUGCUGGAGGCUCCCAAGCCCCCCAUCGAAGCCCACUUGCUGCCUGACAUAUGCUUUAAGGGCAACCAAGAACCACUGGGUUUGGAACUGGACGGCGGCAGUGACAGUGUGUACAGAGUUUUGUUUGUGAGAGACGUCCUGCCAGGUUCGCUGGCGUCCAGGGAAGGCAGCCUGAGACCACUCGAUUUAAUCCACUACAUUAGCGGCGCGCCCACGCAGGACCUGACUCUCAGUGAGAACGCGAGACUGCUGGAGCUCUCCCUCGACAACCUCGCGCUCAAGGCCACGAGGGAUGGAAAGCCUGUUUAUCCAGGGCAGAAAAAUGUCUCUUUUCUCAACAACAACAUUAGCCCCAAGGUUUCCUCCAGCAUGAACGGGUUUCUCGUAGGGGAAGACACGAGUGAUACAGAGAGUUUCACAGCACUUUGUCCUUUAGAGGAGGAAAUCACGAGGCUGGCUCUUGAGAAGCUGCCGUCCGGAGGUCUGGGAUUCUCCGUGAUCGGAGGCGAAAGGGGGAUCUUUGUCAAAUCAAUCACACCAGGAGGAAUAGCAGAGUCCUCGGGCAAACUGCAAGUGGGCGACAGGCUGCUCAAAGUCAAUGAAGAACUGAUGACAGGUGUGUCCCACACCAAAGCUGUCACCACCAUCCGUAAAGCUAAAGGCCUCGUACAUCUGAUAGUGUCCAGACCGCCGGACCAAAACCCCAACACAUACCUCGCCUAUCUACCCAUCAACUCUGACAAGUGCAAUGAGAACACAGAUCUGAGUGAGGACAGUGGAGUGAAGACCAAGCUGUGUACUCCACACGAUCAGUUGAAAUCUGGCGGCUUCCCUGCCAUACCACCAAUAGACUAUGAAGACGAUCCACUGGACCAGAGAAGAGAGACAGAGCACAGCGCAGACUUUUCCGAGGACACAGACUGUGACGGCUCUUCUUUACCCGAAGACUCCCCCGAGAGCUCCCGAAAAGUGGAAUGGCAAGAGGAGAGCGUGGACGACCCGAGGAAUGAAAACUAUCUGCAAAUGAGCGCUGAACAGCCAGAGGAGGAUGAAAUCACAUGGGGAAGUGAUGAACUACCUAUUGAGACCAUGAACUCCACAUCAAGAGAGGACGGGCCAAUCAUCACAGAGGACGAGCUGACCUCUUUACCCCUGGUCAAGGUCGUCCCCGAUGGCCAGUUCACAGGACCAAAGCUCAACACUGUUGUUCGCAUGAUGAGGGGGCUUCUGGAGCAGAAGGUCCCGCUGCAGGAGUUUGAAAAUCUUCAAAACCUCCAGCCACUGGACGACUGUUUAAUAGGUCAGACGAAAGAGAACAAGAAGAAGAAUCGCUACAAGAAUAUCGUUCCCUUCGACACCACUCGAGUUGUGCUGGGCAAAGACGGGGGCUACAUCAACGCCAACUUCAUCAACAUGCCAGUAAAGGACGAGAGCUACAUGUACAUCGCCUGCCAGGGACCCUUGCCCACCACUCUGGGGGACUUUUGGCAAAUGGUUUGGGAGCAGAAGUCCAAUGUGAUCGCCAUGAUGACCCAAGAGGUCGAGGGCGGCAAAGUGAAGUGUCAGCGGUACUGGCCGGACACGCCGAGGACGGCGGAGAUGGUGGACGACAGGUUGCAGAUCACGCUGAUCAAAGACCAAUACCUGGACAACUUUGUCAUCCGACUCAUCGAGGUCAAAGAUGUCCUGACAAACGAAAUCCAGCGGGUCACUCACCUGAACUACAUGGGAUGGCCCGACCACGGAACGCCCUCGCAGCCCGAGCAGCUGCUCACGUUUAUUUCCUACAUGCGGCACGUUCAUCAGUCGGGGCCGAUAAUCACUCACUGCAGUGCAGGCAUUGGUCGUUCAGGGACCCUCAUCUGUAUAGACGUGGUUCUGGGUCUCAUCAGUAAAGAUGCUGAUUUUGAUAUUUCAGAUGUUGUGAGAAACAUGAGACUUCAGAGACAGGGUAUGGUCCAGACAGAGGACCAAUAUAUUUUCUGCUAUCAAGUGAUCCUCUAUGUCCUCAGAUGCCUCCAAGCAGAGGAAAACAUCUCAGGAUAGUAGACACCACAUAUUGACGUCACGUAGAGGCGGGGAGACUGUUAUCACAAAAAGCAGAACAAACAUGCAGAGUUGACACAGGCAGCAAUUGCCAAAUUUUACACUACAUGUCUUUAAGAUGCCUUAAAAUGUUCAGUUCCUUGAGAGUAAAUCCUUUAAAGAGGUCUAUAUUUUUAUGUUUGCUUUUUUGAGUUUUCUCUCUUUGGCUGCUACUCCCUUUCCAUGCAUUUAUGAGAACUGCUGAUUGUAUUUUCCUAUUGUCCCCUACAAGAGAACACUACCCCCCCCCCCCCCCCCCCCCCCUCAGAUUCUUGGAUAUUCUAAAAUAAUUAUAAAAGUGAUCAAUGAUCUCAUAUUUUAUGUGGAACAAAAUUGUACUUGUGUAUUUUGAAUCCUAUUUUAAUGCUGGAACAUGCCUUGACAGAAUACUAUGUCAGUAUUUGCUUUGUAAAUCUAUUAUACAGUAAUUGUGAGUUAAAUGAUGAAAUUAAAAGUGUACAUAUUCAUCUCCUGAAAAUUAAACUGGAUACAUUUUAAA